GUAGGCAUGUGAUUUCAGAUACCAUCAAUAAAUUUGUUUGGUAGACUGGAAGAAAGACUUUUGCAGGAAAUAGGUGAAUAGCAGGAGCAACAGCCACCACUUCACCACCAUUCCACCACUACCAUGACAACUUAUGGUGCAAUUCUUUCUCUCAAGAAUACAAUUAACAAUAUUCUCCGUUGUUCUCGUUUUAGCCUUGUUGGUCGCUCUCAACAAAUUAUAAAACUUGUGCACCAGAAGUUGGAGCCACUGCAAACAAUUGUGAAUAGCUUGGAAUACACUAGUCCAAGCAGGAGUCGGAAAAAGGUGAAUGCUUUGGAUAGGAGAGUUAAAGAGGCAAUAUGGAAAUUUGAAGACUCUUUGGAAUCCCUUAUCACUCAACACAUUCCUGAAACAGAUAUAGUCUCCAUUGAUCUGCAGAGUCUGCUAAAUGAUGCAAAUUCCUUGAUCCAGAAGCUCAAGGUUAUGGAGAAGGAGUACAGUUAUGAAGUAGAUAAUAUGCCUCAAGACGGACCUAUUUCCUCAAUAAUCGGUUUCCAUGGAACCAACUCGAAGAUGAUUGGAUUAUCAGACCAAUUCAAACAACUCAAAAGAGAUCUUAUAACUGCUGGAUCUGGCAGCUGGAUUCAUUUCCAUGCACUUUAUGGCACGGCAGGCGUUGGGAAGACCGCUCUUGCUAUGAAAAUCUACGAAGAUCCAGAAAUUCAGAGCAAAUAUGAGUGUCGCGCGUGGGUCACCGUAGGCAGAGUACCUCCUCAACCGAUGACUCCAAUUUCACAAGGCAUUCUUGCUCAGUUGUGUGGAAUUGAUGAAGAAAUAGGUGAGUGCUUGGAAGAAAGAUUGCAUGGCAAGAAUUGCCUCAUCGUGUUGGACGACGUUUGGGAGACACGUAGAUGGAAUUUAUCGGAAGAUAUAUUAACAAACAUCAACACUGGAGGAGGAGGUAUUCAAAUCUUGCUUACUAGUCGACAUCAAAAAUUGAUGAGCGGUCUGAGAUAUAAGAUAGAUUUAUCACGCGGGAUGAGUAUUAAAUCUUGGUAUGAGGUGCGGUUUUUGAACGAAGAAGAAAGUAUGGAGCUACUGUGUGAGAAGGUGUUUGGUGAUGAGGGUUGCCCUCCUCAACUCCACAAACUUGCCACCAAAAUUUCCAAGCUUUGUGAAGGUCUCCCUCUCUUGAUACUCAAUGUUGCUCACAUCCUAUCGGAAUCCGAGCACAAUAGAGAUCCAUUCUACUGGAAUGAAGUAGCAGAAAUGAAAAAUUCAGUCUUCAAGGAUGCAUAUAAUGAAAUAUCAAAGGUACUUUUACCAAGUUACCACUACUUGCCUGAACGUCUUAAAAUGCCUUUUCUGUUUAUCGGUGUUUUCGCUCAAGAUUAUUACACCCCCAUUUCCAAGAUCACCCUUAUGCUCAAAGCUGAGGGGUUGUGGGAUAAUUGGGAUUGUUUGAGAGAGCUAGCUAUCGAUUAUAGUCUUGUUUUAUGUAGCAUGAAGAGCGUGAAUAAAAAUGAUACUAAGAAGUAUAUUGGUGAGUAUAAAACUUGUCGGCUUCAUUCUUCAUGGCGGCACGUGUGUAGAGAAGAAGCUAGCAAGUACAAGUUUUAUCAUGUCUUAAAUAAGUUGAUCGAUGCCAAAGAAGAAAGUCUAAAAGGUCAGCGUGGAUUGUGUCUUGAAAAUAACAUUUUAUUCAGUAUCAGAGAGUUUUGCAACUCGGUGAGAUCGAACUGCGCAUUCUCUACCCGUUCUCUCCUUUUCUAUGGUCCUUACCACCAAUAUCCAAUUCCUAUAGAUGUCAGUUUCAUGUUGCUAAGGGAAAUAGAUGCUCUUCAAUUGCGUUUCUAUACCUUCCCAACGGAAAUUCUGUCACUAGUUCAACUAAAGUACCUUGCUCUAACUUGCAACGGAGAAGUACCUGCAACUAUAUCAAAACUUUUCAACCUCCGAGCCUUGAUUAUCCAUCCUCAUCUGAAUAUUAUAUGUUGUGAAUCUCCAUCAUAUGUACCAAUACAAAUAUGGGAUAUGCAUGAGUUAGAGCAUAUUGAGAUAUUGGGAAAGAGUCUUGGAGCUCCAUCUCAUGUUGCUGCUUAUUUGAAAAAUCUGAAAACACUUGUAGGUGUGAAUGCUAGCAUUUGUACUGUAUUGGAGCUCUCCACAAGGAUUCCCAACAUAAGGAAAUUAGGAAUACAGAUUGAGCUAACGCCUUAUGACGACCAUAACAACCUAUUGAGCUGUUUUGAUUGUAUUUCAUCACUUGAAAGUUUGAAGACACUCAAAUUAAGUAUCACAAAUCCUGUAGUCAAUCAUGGUAAUGUUUUCUUGGUGACUCGUGAGUCACUGAAGUUUCCACAAGGUUUGAAAAAGUUACAUAUGAGUGGCAUGGGUUUUCCCUGGGAAUAUAUGGAUGUUAUUGGCUCUUUGCCAAUUCUUCGAGUGCUCAAAUUGCGUUCCUACGCCUUUCAAGGGUCACACUGGGAAGCACAAGAUGGAAGUUUUAGGAGUCUUCAGUUUCUUCUAAUUGAAGAAAGUGACUUGGUGCAAUGGAAACCGGGAUACGGAAGCUUCUCUAGGCUUAAAUACCUAAGCAUGAAACAUUGCUACAAACUAAAAAAGAUCCACGGGUCUCCUUUUCUAAACCAACAUGGACGUACAAUAGAGAUUGAAUUGGAGGACUGCAAUCCUUUAGCUUUGACUUGGGCUGUCCAAUUACGACCAAGUAUUGGUUCUACGCUUCGUGUAAUUGCCUUUUCUUCAUUUUACAAGAAACCAACAACUUUCAAAUCUGAAAGGUACGGAGGCGAUAUCAUAGUUCAGCAACGAAGAAUUUUAUACAGUAGAGUUGCCGAUGAUGAUAUUGAAGAAAUUAUUGACUGCGCGAUGCAGAGAUUUGAAGAAGAUGGCAGUCUUAUGCCGAAGCACCAACGACAAGGAGCGUGUGGGUCCAUAUGGACAUUAUUUGAUGCUGUAUUUGGUUGUUUGGGCUUCAAGGAGACCUCUUUGAGGCGUUGAGUCUGCUGAUACAGAGUGUUACACCUGAAUUUUCUCAACAAAUUCAGCAACUUCAGUGAUUUCUUGGUAUUUGGUUCGAUUUCCAAUAAAUGAAUCAUCUUUGUGUUGUAUUAUUUGGUUGUCACAUGAACUGAAGUAUUGCAACUUAUGUUGGUUUCUUUUGUGGAUUAGAAGUUGAGAGGAUUAUGCAUUUGACUAUUAUUAUAGGUUGAAUUUGAUUCAAAGUAUUGGCUUGUUA